AUAUAUAUCAAGCGUACACAAUCUAAACAUUGAAGCCUAGAUGAGAUUGUUACAGCGAGCAGAAACAUGAGAUUUUCAGGAAUUACAUUGAGUUAAAUGCUCAGCUCAGGAAUAUUCAGGCAUAUCUUGACUAGACACAUAUGUGGACAGCAAAUUCAGACUCAUGACUGAGACGGUACUAGAGGGAGAGGAAACCCUCUCCAGCCGUCUUAAGGACAGCUAUCCAUACCGAGGGGAUGGAACAGGACGAUCAGAGCCAGUUACUAUCCGAGGCAUCAAGAUACGCUCGGACAGUGAUGUUUCAGAUACUGAGUCAAGCAGCUCUAAAGAUGGGAACAGCAAGAGAAAGAGCUUCUUCACUCAGCCCCAGGGCACCCUUGAAUACAAGGUGAUGGAUCGAGACACUCUGGACAGUAUUGCCCUUUCAUUCGAUACCUCACCUUCUCUCCUCAUGAGACUCAAUCAUCGUACAAGUAGAAUGAUCUUCCCUGGUCAGGUUUUGUAUGUACCUGACCCUGAUGCGGAAGUACCGUUCAGCCCGGUGUUAAGUUCACCCACAUCUCCUACUGCCAUGGAUGCACCUGAACUACCUAAGACAGUGGACGUGCCAACUGUUGCCAUGAAGCCCAGGGAUGUUCCCACGGUCAGCCAGGCCCCGCCCCCUAAGAAAGGUCGCACAGGGACCGGGAGGUCUUUCUCCCUGCGUAGGUCAUUCACCAGAGACCACAGUGAUCAGAAAUCUAAGAGCCGUCCCCCUCUGCAGAAGGCACAGAGCUUGCCACAGCCGGGCCAUGCUGUCAGGCAGAAGUCCGUAGAGUGGGACUCAGAAGACAGUAGGCAGUAUCUCAAGCUAGACGUCAAGUACAUCACAGAUGGCGAGGGUGUUGUGAGCGGAACUAUGCUGGUCACACCAAACGCCAUUAUGUUUGACCCCAACGUGAGUGACCCUCUUGUCAAGGACCGAGGGGCUGGACCCUACGGAGUGAUGACCAACAUGGACAUGGUCCUAGGAGCAUCCAUGUACCACGAUAUCAGCGCUAUGAACGUCACGACAGAAUCUGGUUCUGCUGAUAAGGAGAGACCAUGCUGUCCAGUCUACGUGCCAGAAGGAGCAAACAACUCAUCCCAGGAGGGAAAGAAUUGUGUCAUCCUGGCUCAGGACAUCAGGAAGAGAUUGACUGGAUGCAGCAACUUCUCUCCAGAGAAAAGCAGUGAUGAUCAUUCCAAAGACACAUCUCAAGAAGCUCCUGAAGCUGAACCAUCAGCGGACAAGAGCGAAAGAACUGAGGGUGGUGAUGAGGGUGACGGUGCUGCACCAGACAAUGUGACAAAAUUAAAAACAAGCAACUCGGAGAACACGCAAGAACCAAAGGAGAGUGAGAGUGUUAAUGAUGAUGAUGCACAGGAUGAAGGAUUUGUUGGUGAUUCUCAAUGCGAGUCGCAGAGAGAACAGAGUGACGGUGAAGAGAGGGUAUGUCCAACGUCCAUGGGAUAUGAAAGAUUGCAGUCACCGACGGAAAAUGAUCAAGGAACGAAGAGGUUCUCUGACCAUAACGGUGAAGAUGAACAGUUCUCUAAAGCAGCAAAGAGAACAGACAAUGGCAGCGAGGAAGAGAGUGGAGACACUGUGGAAGAUAGCGAAGGAAAGGAGGGUGCUGAGGGAGCGGGGAUGUCAAGAAUGGAGUCGCAGGACUCUGAUAAGUUCUUGGAACCGGUGGACAAAGAAAUGGACGAGCGGUUGCAGGAGAUUGAAAUGCUCCUGAACAGCAGUGAUGAUAAGAUAGAGGACACAUGCAAGGGAGAGGAACCUGGGGCCUCUCCUUCAGAGACACCUGAUAGAGCAAAUGACUCUAAAUCUGAAGCGGAGGCCAGUGAAAAAGGUCCAGACACUGAGCAUAGAACAAGUGUAGAUGAUGAGUGUCCUGGAAAAUGCAAAGACCCUGACAACUCACAGGAUGCCACAGAGCAAGCCGAAGCCGAACCCAAGCAGAAUUUUGUUGACUUUUCAUCAGGGCUUUUCGAGACCGAUUGUAGGAAAUGUUCCUUGGUGCCAGAUGUCAAGGAAUGUAUCCACGUCAACGACGCAGAGACUCUCCAGGAGAUCAAGGAGGAAGGCGAGCUGAUGCGUCAGGUGUCUGAUGAAAGGUCACCUGAUGGGGGUGACCAGGAUGCAGUACAGGUCAAUGGAGAGUCCAAUAACAACACCCCUGGUGCAGAGGAUGCUCCGGAUGGAGGUAUUGGAGAGAAGCCAGCAGCAGGUAUCGCAGUCAACAAACCACCAACCAGACAGCUCGAAUACAACAGAACCAAUUUCAGAGAAUUUUUGCCGAAGCGAGCCAAGUCGUACGAAGACCCACCACUCUACCUCUGUCUGCGGACUAAGAAACCGAUGCAGAAGACCUUCUCAGCUAGGCAAGAACAUAGGUUUAGGAAGAACAAGGUGCCAGAAUACUGGUUCGCUAUUCCACGAGUCAAGGCAGACAACCUGUAUGCCUUCUUCCUUCAGUGGUCUCCGGACGUCUAUGGCAAGGAGGUCUCUCCGAGUGAGCUUGGUUUUGUUGUGGUCGAGGACUCUAACGAGGAUGAGGAACUGGAACUGAUCGAGGACUUCUUCAAGGAACCCAUCCAUAAAGACUGGGAGAUUAUUAGCCGUGAAGAGGCGAGCAAACGUCGUAUGACCAUCUUGGAGUGCGAGAUGAACCUGCCGUUACCUGAGCUGGUUGGGGAGAGCAAUCUACUUAGCAAUGAUCAUGUUAGAAAGCUUUCCAAGAACCUUCCUCCCAGGACUGAGGGUUACAGCUGGGUGCUUGUCUUCAGUACAGCAAUCCAUGGUUACAGUCUACACAGUCUCUACCGUAACAUGGCCACCUGGGAGAGCCCUAUACUCCUUAUACUCAGGGACUCUGAGGGACACGUGUUUGGUGCUUUGACCUCAUGUGCUCUGAAGGUCAGUGAUCAUUACUACGGCACCGGUGAGAGCUUCCUCUACAAGUUCAAAGACGAGGAGCUGGAGAUGUUCAGGUGGACUGGUGAAAACAACUUCUUCAUGAAGGGGGACCUAGACUGUGUGUGUAUUGGUGGAGGAGAGGGUGACUUUGGAUUAUGGUUGGAUGGUGACCUCUACCAUGGUCGCAGUCACCCGACCAAGACGUUUGGAAAUGAGACGCUCUCAUCCAAAGAAGACUUCAUCAUUGCCGACAUGGAAGCGUUUGGCUUCUACAUGUAAUCAGCCACUGCCAUGCACUCUAAGCUUAGCACUGCAACAGACUGGUGCCAAUUUCUUUGGGUGUUCACCCUGCAUGGGGCAGGUUGACUCUCCUCUAAGAUUGGGGAACAUUUUUGAUAGCACUGCAACAGACUGGUGCCAAUUUCUUUGGGUGUUCACCCUGCAUGGGGCAGGUUGACUCUCCUCUAAGAUUGGGGAACAUUUUUCCUUUGCAGUGGUGGUCUGACUCGAUUAAGAGAGUGCCCUCGUGUGGGGCAUUUUGCAGUUCACUUGCCAGACUUUAAGCCGUGUGACAUCUUCUUGAGACGUGUACCUGACUUUUUUGUUUUCAAUAUGAACACGGAAAAUCUGUCAUACAGCAAAGGAGUAUUAUAUUAACAUAAAAUUGAAAUGUGUAAGCCAGACAGCUACAUCUAUUGCAAAGUCGGAUAUCAGCAUUCAUCCUGUCUACGUUAUCGAUGGGAGAUCUGCGACAGAAAACUGUAUAUACCAAACAUUCCUAGAUUAUUGGAAACUUGUAAAAAGGACCUAAAACCUUCCCAUAAACAUCAUUAAUGAGUUGUGAUGAAAAGCCCCUUGUACAGAAAGCAGUAAGUCCAUCUCGUCAGUUUCUCCCUAUUUGUAAAGGUUGUGAGUGUAGAAGUACCCCAUGAUGAUGAGCUUUAAGUGACUGUAUGAUAGCAGUUUCAUGAGAGAUGGAAACACAUUUAUUCUUGUGCUGAGAGCCAGAAGGGCAAUCACUCACCCAUAUGAACACAGAGUGAUUGCCAUUUUGGCAUCCGACAGAUAAUUUAAGAUGUUAAAGUUUUAGGGCGUCACCGAAUGGGACCAACUAAAUAAAGAACCUACAAUAGAUGAAUCGAUCCCAGUUCAAACUUCUAGUCUUAUGUCUAGAUCAUCAGGGCAAAUUUAGAUUUAUAGUAACAAAUUUGCAUCAAUUGUUGUAACUCAGGAAAAAAUUAUAUUGCUAGUCUCAUGGGAAUUCAUUAUGAAAGCUUGACUCAUAUCUCAAUGAGCACAAGGUAGAAUGCUAUUUAAAGCAGCGUUCCUAGGCCCUUGAACAUAAAGUGUAGUGCUGUGGAUUUGAGAACUGUUGUUUUGUUGAAAAUUUGCACAAUUGAACAUCAAGGUUUGAAAGUACACUUAAUUAUUAGCAGUAAAUGCAAGCCAACAUAAUAUGCUAGCUGGCUAUUUAGUACUCCAGGCUUUCUAAUUUAGAAUGUUGUUGAUUAAAGCUAUUUUCAUUUAUUAAUAUAAAAUAAAUAUUAUGCCAGUGUUGGUGAGAGACAUGUAGCGGAGACACAAAUCACAAAUAUUACCACCAGUUUGAUAAGAAGAACAGUUUUGUACCCAAACUCUCAGUUUUUACAGAAUGGUAGCUUGACAUUUGUUGAUGUAGAAAAACAAAAUAGAAUGGUUCUGUUUGUAGAUUUGCUAUCAUCGUUAACUUUUUUUGGCAAGUACCUGAUAUGAAUUGAAGUGUAUUAAUUAAUGUAAAUGAUAAUCAAACUCCAGUCUGUAAUUGAUUGUGAUUCUCAUAGAUUUACUGAUACAGUUAAGUGGAUAUGUUCAUUUUGGUGAUGAUAAUCCAGGUCCUUAUAUGAAGUGUUAUUAGUAUUUACAUGUUUAGUAUUGUUAAGUUAUUUGUAUUUUUUGUCAUGCUUAAAGACCAUAGGGUGUCAUUUAUCUUAGCCAUAUGAUUUAUAUAUAAUGUGCAAUUUUAUUUUCUUGUGCUGAUUUACCCUUUGAUUAUAAAUAUAUUGUCCAGGCUUUAAGCUAUGAAUAAUUAAUUUCUACAGAGAAAAAAAAAAGUCUUCUCUGUAUAUAGAAUUUUAAGUUCAAUUUUAUUUUUCUUUCUUCCAACAUGAAUGUAAUACAAUUUAACAAAUUUAUAACAUGUAGAGUAUAUAAAAGGAACACUUAUAAGGAUCAAGUUCAUAUAAAGCAUUUAUCAUCUUAGAUUAAUAUUUAUUGCAAAAACUUACUCUGAACAGAUGAUAAGAGGUGAUAUUGUUUAUUUAGCGCCAGAAGGGCGUUAACUCUAUGUUAAAUUAGUGAUGUGAAGACCCUUCUUCAUCUGAACGGAUAAUAUAAGCCGCCUAAAGCCAAAAGGUCAUUAACCUAGUAUAUUCUUGGGCAUACACUUAAUGUCUCUCUAGCCCUCAACAGAUGAUAUUCAUGUAGUCUAUGAUAUCCAAGCUUUACAUUAUUCCGAGGUAGUAUUAUCUCUCUGCAAAAAAUAUUUGAAACUUUAAUAUGCACUAUAGUAAUAAACCAAUCAUAAUGUCAUAUCAUCAAUUUAUUUUUAUUAAGAUAUAUUGAGCAAUUUGUUAUCAAUUUCAAACGGAAUAUUGGACAAUUUUAGCUGAUCAUACUUCCUUCCCUCAUAUAUAUAUAAUGUUGAUAAUGUUUACUCCAUAUUCAGAUAUGAUAUAAAGGCACUUUAUGUGAUAUUUGAUUAUAUUACUGGUACAAAUUUGCAAUUGCAGCACAGAGAAUCAGUAAGCUAUAUCAUCUUUUCCCUGCAAUCCAGUAUGCAGGUCAUCCCGUGUGCAAGGUUUCUAGUUCAUAUCUCUUGAUAUUCAUCUCAGCAUAUUAUUAGCAGCUCAAUGUUUAAUACUUGAUUCAGUAGAAAUGUUAUUUUGUGAUGCACUGUGUAAUGAUUUGUUCUUCAUGAACUCCAUUUUUCUGCAUUGAUUUGCUCUUUUAAAGCUACAUUCAUGUGUUAUAGACUAAUUUGCUCUGUAGUAAAAGCUAGCAAUGACUCAAUCGUAGAGAAGCAUUGUGUUAUAUUUCCUUGUCAUUAAACGUAUAAACCUUUUGCAAAUUUACAUAUACCCUGAAAAUUCAGAAAGAUAGUGAAUAUUGCCAUCAAUUUACUAUCAUUGUGUACUCCAAAUAUAGCAAGGAAUGUAACCAUUUUGUAUCACAGUAUUUUUACAUUAAGUAUGAGAUAUCUUUUGUGAUUGAGCCAGAGCAUAUGGAUUUUCCAUACUUCCCCAUUUGUCCCCUCGCCCUCCCUUCCCUCCCCCAUGUCAUGAUGUACAUUUGAAUUGUAAAUGGCUGAUGGGUUGAGUAGCAGAUUCCCUGUCCUAAUAGUUCUAAAUGUCUUUGAGAGAUUGCACAUUGUAAAUGGUUGUACCAAUCUCACCUAUAAGAAGAAAUGUGAUUUUGUAUUUUGAUGUUUGAGAUUUUCCAAAGCCAAAACUACUUAGCGAGUUAUAGAGAGUACAGUGUCGGCUCCCUAUCGUAGAGUAAGCAGAGUUGUGUAUUAAAAAGAGAAUUUGUAUUGAGUCGUUUAUUAGAUCCUUACUAUAUUUGACGGAAGUCACUGGCCUGUUACCAGUGCAUUGUAUUGUUAUGAAUGUUAUAUAGUGUAAUAAAUGACAAACUCAAUUUAUGUGCGA